GUCGGGGUGAGUGGACCACCCUUUAGGCGGAGUCCUUCCUUAAGCUCCCGCCCGCGGCUCCGAACUGAGUCCUCUCAGCCGCCCGAGGGCGCUGCGCUGAGCCUUACACUCUAUGAUUGCUCCUACCGACUCCCAUGAGGAAGUGCGAUCGGGAACCUCCUAUAUACUUCCGUUUGCCGCGCGGUUUCUUUCUUUCCGCGCCGAUAGCGCUCACGCAAGCAUGGUUAACGUCCCUAAAACCCGCCGGACUUUCUGUAAGAAGUGUGGCAAGCACCAACCCCAUAAAGUGACACAGUACAAGAAGGGCAAGGAUUCUCUGUACGCCCAGGGAAAGCGGCGUUAUGACAGGAAGCAGAGUGGCUAUGGUGGGCAAACUAAGCCGAUUUUCCGGAAAAAGGCUAAAACUACAAAGAAGAUUGUGCUAAGGCUUGAGUGCGUUGAGCCCAACUGCAGAUCUAAGAGAAUGCUGGCUAUUAAAAGAUGCAAGCAUUUUGAACUGGGAGGAGAUAAGAAGAGAAAGGGCCAAGUGAUCCAGUUCUAAGUGUCAUCUUUUAUUAUGAAGACAAUAAAAUCUUGAGUUUAUGUUCACUUCAUUUGUUUGCCGUUCAUCUUUUGGGAGGGAAUAAGCUAGAGCCAUCAAUACAAUUCCGCUUGUGGGGAAAUUUAUGCCUCUUACUGGUACUACUUGUUUUGCAUCGAAGCUGACUGGUUGAGUUCACAUCAUAUGUUGCAAUUUUCUAAUUUGGCACUUCAAUCACUAGGGGCCUUAUGAGGCAGUUUGUCAUUAUGCAAUGGUUAUUGGUUAUCAUGUGAGUAGACACAUUUCAGGCUAAUAGGGAG